GUUCCGGAUCGGGCUAUGGAACAGGUAAAUGAGCUCAAAGAGAAGGGCAACAAGGCCCUGAGCGCUGGCAACAUUGACGAUGCGCUCCAGUGCUACUCCCAAGCCAUUAAAUUAGACCCCCAGAACCAUGUGCUCUACAGCAAUCGCUCCGAGGUCUAUGCCAAGAAAGGAGACUACCGGAAGGCUUACGAGGACGGCUGCAAAACCGUUGACCUGAAGGCUGACUGGGGCAAGGGCUAUUCACAAAAAGCAGCGGCUCUUGAAUUCUUAAACCGAUUUGAAGAAGCCAAGCAAACCUAUGAGGAGGGUUUAAAACAUGAAGCAAACAAUCCUCAGCUCAAAGAAGGUUUCCAGAAUAUGGAGGCCCGGUUGGCAGAAAGGAAAUUCAUGAACCCUUUCAACAUGCCUAAUCUGUACCAGAAGUUGGAGAGUGAUCCCAGGACCAAGACUCUGCUCGCAGAUCCUACCUACCGGGAACUGAUCGAGCAGCUGCGGAACAAGCCGUCCGACCUGGGCACGAAACUGCAAGAUCCCUGGAUCAUGACUACUCUUAGCGUCCUGCUCGGAGUUGAUCUGGGCAGUAUGGAUGAGGAGCAGGAGGUUGCAACACCCCCGCCACCACCUCCUCCCAAAAAGGAGACAAAACCAGAGCCAAUGGAAGAAGAUCUUCCGGAGAAUAAGAAGCAGGUGCUGAAAGAAAAAGAGCUGGGGAAUGAAGCCUAUAAGAAGGACUUUGACAAAGCCUUAAAGCACUACGACAGAGCCAAGGACCUGGAUCCCACCAACAUGACGUACAUAACCAACCAACCAGCCGUGUACUUUGAAAAAGGUGACUACGGUCAGUGCCGGGAGCUCUGUGAGAAGGCCAUUGAAGGGCAAGAAAACCGAGAAGACUACCGGCAGAUUGCCAAAGCUUACGCACGAAUUGGCAACUCUUAUUUCAAAGAAGAAAAGUACAAGGAUGCCAUCCAUUUCUACAACAAGUCUCUGGCAGAGCACCGAACCCCAGAUGUGCUCAAGAGAUGCCAACAGGCAGAGAAAAUCUUGAAGGAGCAAGAGCGGCUGCCUGACCUGGCCUUGGAGGAGAAGAACAAAGGCCAUGAGUGUUUCCAGAAAGGGGACUACCCCCAGGCCAUGAAGCACUACACAGAAGCCAUUAAACGGAACCCCAAAGAUGCCAAGCUGUACAGCAACCGAGCUGCCUGCUACACCAAGCUCCUGGAGUUCCAGCUGGCGCUCAAGGACUGUGAGGAGUGCAUCCAGCUGGAGCUGACCUUCAUCAAGGGUUAUGCCCGGAAGGCAGCCGCCCUGGAGACGAUGAAGGACUAUACAAAAGCCAUGGAUGUCUACCAGAAAGCACUCGACCUGGACUCCAGCUGCAAGGAGGCCGCAGAUGGUUACCAGCGCUGCAUGAUGGCCCAGUACAACCAACACGACAGCCCCGAGGAUGUGAAGCGGCGGGCCAUGGCCGACCCAGAGGUGCAGCAAAUAAUGAGUGACCCGGCCAUGCGGCUCAUCCUGGAGCAGAUGCAGAAGGACCUGCAGGCGCUCAGCGAACACUUAAAGAAUCCUGUGAUAGCACAGAAGAUCCAGAAGCUGAUGGAUGUGGGUCUGAUAGCCAUCCGGUGAUGACUUGCUCAUCAU